UCUCUACCAUGGCACGGUUGUUGCCGUGGAAGACCCUACUUGGUGCUCUCUUCGCAGUUGGGAGCAUCGCUUCACUGGAUUUCAGAUCUGUGAAGGGAUAGGGUCUCUCUUCUGCUCGGAUUCCUGAUGUUAGCUUAGAAAGUUAAGAGUAUUUGGUAGCUUCUCGAGAUCCACAGUAUGUGGAAUUCAAUCGCGCCACCUAAUUUAAGCUUCUGACUCGAGAGAGAUCUGGAGGAUGUUUGCUUUUGGUGGCUAGGAUCCGCUCGGGAGGACUACGCAAGGGCCUUUCAUGGAGGGAUGAAUACACGCAGCUUGUUGUGCAGUUUGUGUUCUCGACGGCAGCGAAGUUGUGGGUUGUGAGUGUGGCGAUGGGGACAUAGUGGGAGAUUGUGUAGUUAUUUUCGGAUUACCCUAAGACUGAGAGUUUUUAUUUUAUUUUAUAUUUUUUUAUCAAUGAAGAUCUCUUCGUACUAGUUUUUCUGAGGGCUGCUGAUGAGAUGUGACAAGGAGAGUUUGUGGGCUGGAGGCGGUGGUGAUCUUUGCAGGGCACAUGUGCGCAAUAUAAUCCUACGACCGGUGAAGUCUAAAGGUGGCGAAUGGAAGAUGUAAAUUGUCACAUGUCUUGGCUUUAAACCCUAUCCAUCGCGCCAUUUUUGUGGGUUAUCUCAGAUUGUGGUGAUCCCGUACUUUGGUGUUGGGAAAAUCAUUAUAUCAGAGUCGGAGUCAUUGAUUUUGUGCAGUAAUUUGGGGCGUGCUAGGGCUCGGGCGGGAUGUUUUCCUUGCUUUAUGGGCUGUGGAAAUACCUCUUCAGUAAAGCGGAGUUUCAUGUCCUCAUACUGGGGAUUGACAAGGCUGGGAAAACUACACUCCUGGAGAAGCUUAAAACCCUCUAUUCUGACGUAGAAGGUCUACCGCCAGACCGAAUUGUACCCACUGUAGGUCUCAACAUUGGUCGAGUUGAGGCUCAUAAAUCAAAGCUCAUCUUCUGGGAUCUGGGAGGGCAAUUAGGGCUUCGCACCAUUUGGGAAAAGUAUUACGAGGAAGCUCAUGCUGUCGUUUAUGUCGUAGAUUCCGCAAGUAAUACCCGGUUCGAGGAUACGAAAUCCGCGCUAGAGAAGGUGCUCAGACAUCCUGAUUUGCAAGGGGCCCCGGUUUUGGUGUUUGCAAAUAAACAGGAUUUGCCGAACGCUGUCAAUCCUGAGGAGUUGUCACGAUUCUUAGAGCUCAAGAAUCAAAAGGACAGACAAUCAAGGGUUCAAGGAAUUUCAGCUUAUGAUGGAUCUGGUAUACAGGAAGGGGUGUUGUGGCUUGUGGAGGCUAUGAGGAGCAGUAAGAGAACGGAGCUGCUGCAGCGCCAUGCAGAAGCGGCAGUGACAUUGUGAAUGCCCCAUGAUCAUCACGGAUUGGAGCUGCUUGGAGAGCUUGAUUUUUCGUAUGCCGUGAGAAUUCUUCGGCCGAUUCAAUCUUAUUACAUAAGUUGCUAGAAUAUCAACGUGAUGUGACUCAGUCCAUGAAUGUGCAGCAUGUUUCUCUGCACUUCCAGAGAAUGACUACUAUUGAUUGGUAGAUAUUUUUCGUCUACAUUUGUUUCUUUCUCCUCCAGUACUGAAAACAUUCUCAUCAACACGACAAAAACGUUUCUCGCAUUUCCACCUCCGUUAAGCCGGGGUCCUGAGCAUGUAACAGCACUGUCCUUUGACGAAACUACACUCUGUGCAACCUUAUGAAGUUAUAGAAUGGAACAGGUUCCGAAGUCUUAACCCACGAACUCUCGUCUUCUUUAACUGCCGCUGCCAUCUUUCCUUUGUGACAACUCUGGAAUUUUGACAACUCUCCAUCCAGCCGCGGACGAGAAGCCAGGACAAUUACAAGGUCAGCGGAGAUUGGGACCGAUUACUGUCUCCAUCACCGAGUAUCAGUCAGUCCUCAUCCCGAGCCCCGCCGGGUUAGUCCUUUGGAAGCAGGUGACCGUCUUUUGCUGCUGCAAACUCUCGAACCCACAGUGUGAAACGUUGUUUUUUAAGAAAUUUCCAGUUGUUUCAGGAAUAGAGGACCUUGUUCCCUCACCGCAGCAUGAACGUUACAGUGCCAAAGUGACCCCGUGAACUCAUGAACCCCACGAUGACAACCCUGUGCCUGAAACGUGCUCAUGUUGGAGAUAGCAGUGUUCUGGACGAGGUCGUGGGUACCCCCACAAAAGCAAGGAGCUCUGCUUCUCCUGUGUUGGCUAUGGUAGUGUGGCUGUCAGGUUUCAUGCAAAUCAUCCAUCAGUCUUGCUUUUGCAGCAUCCAAUCUCUUA